CCGCCCCGCCAUUGGUUGUCGCUGGGGCAGAGCGGCCCGCCCCCGCCCGCAGCCAUUGGCUAGGGGCGAGGCUGGGGUUCCCGGAUGCAGGCACGUUCGGCCGUUAUAAAGCGCCGGGGGAAGGCGGGAGCGGACGCAGUUUGAAUCGCGGCGGGUCGGGACGGGUCGGUGUUGUCGCCCGGGCUCCGUGCGUGCGGGACGCUCUCCUCCUCUGUCUGCCCUUGCGCGGCGCUGCGGUCCGGUUCGCCAUGGCUGGUGGUAAAGCUGGGAAGGACUCCGGAAAGACCAAGACCAAAGCAGUGUCCCGUUCUCAACGGGCUGGAUUGCAGUUCCCUGUUGGCCGCAUCCACAGGCACCUGAAGUCUAGGACUACCAGCCAUGGGCGUGUAGGAGCCACAGCCGCUGUGUAUAGCGCAGCAAUCCUGGAGUACUUGACAGCUGAGGUUCUUGAGCUGGCUGGAAAUGCAUCCAAAGACUUGAAGGUGAAACGUAUCACUCCCCGUCACUUGCAGCUUGCAAUUAGAGGAGAUGAAGAAUUGGAUUCUCUCAUUAAGGCAACAAUUGCUGGUGGUGGUGUAAUACCGCAUAUCCACAAGUCUCUCAUUGGAAAGAAAGGACAACAGAAAACUGUCUAAAGGAUACCAGGAUUCCUUGUUAUCUCAGGACUCUAAGUACUUAAUUGUCCAGUGUUGGUGAUUCCAGUGGACUGUAUCUGUGAAACACGACUUUGCCUUUUUGUAACUUUGAGAAGCUAAAGCUCCCUUGAGCUUUCUAACAAACCAAAUUUCUGCAUUGAAGUCUUAACCGUAUUUAAGUGUUACCAUGGCUUCAAAGAAGCUAUUGUAUUUGUAGUGGGUUUUGAUUGAGCUGACUGUUUUUAGAUUGGUUUAAGUAAAGGAAAUGUUUGGUUUUGUACAGACUUUUCAUCCACUAGAGUGGAAGUAUUCAAUAAAUGUUAUAUCAAGACUGA